AUGCAGCGCCGUCGAGAGAACCUCGGGUCCCCUUUGAAACAUUCAACUACGACUCCGGACUUGCGAACCAAGGCCGCCCAACUGUUGAGCGAUGGCCUGGACGAUACAGAGGACGACGACGAGGAUGAGGAAACGCUCCACUUGAAGCUAGCUGCGAUCGAGGCACGACUUAAAUUAAAGCAGCUACAGAGGAAUCGCGGCAAAGCAGGCACCGGGCGGCCUGACAGACACGAGGGCGGGGAUGCGCCGUCUAGGCCAGCAUCAUCAGGAGGCUUUUCGUCGCGGAUACAAGAUCAGCCCGCGAGGAAUAAAGGUCCACGCGAGACAAAUAGCCGCAUCCAACCAGGCGAAGUUCAGGUUCCAUUAUCCCCUACUCGACGUGUUCCUGCACUAGCUGAGCCUGCGUCCCCGAGAAGGUAUCUCCUUGGGAUUGACAAAGGUCUCAAAGGCAGCGAUAUAUCCCUCAGACGCCCGCCGAGCUCCCGAGGGGCUAAUUCGCGUCCCACCAGCAGGCUCGGCAGUCGAGAUGGGCCUACAGCUCACACAGGAAGCACGUCAGCAUCUCAGUCGCAUUCUUUCGAGGACAGACGAGGCAAAAGCUUUAGCGAACGGAUGGCUGAAAGUCGCAUCACCGAGAAAUCCCGCAGAGAACGAGAAGCCCGAGCCGAGAGAAUCCAAGCUAGUCGGAGCUCCGCAUUCCAAUACGACCAAACCGAGAUGGAGGCCUUCAAGGCUGCCGCUGCAGAAAGACCUAAUUCUCCGCCCAAACUACACACCAGAACUGGACGGGCUGAAAGCUUCAACCGGGACGAUGUUCUAAGGUCAUAUAAUAACCUUAAGCCUUCUUUGAAGAGAAGCAACACUACUCCUAGUUUGCGGAAACCGGAGGGAGAUGAGAUGAAAGAAUCAAGAUCACAUAUUCCCAAGCGUAGCCAAAAGUCGGAAUCCACGUCCUUUUCUCCUCAGCCUGGGAGCUCUCGGCUUAACAGCUUCAACAGUGACGAAGCCUCUGGUGAGAAAGAAGGGGCCCUGGAAAAGGCUCCUGAUUCCUCAAAGUUCGAGCCCUUCUCUUCCCUUCAUCUCUCGAAUCGCAUUUUGCCACAUUCAUUCCUGGACCGAACCCUUGAAGACAAGAAGGUUCUCCGGAUCCCUGACCUUUUGCGGAUGAUCAAAGGUCCGCCUUUUGAACUCCCAGACGAUAUCGAUGGCGACUACGUUGUUUUCGGGAUCGUGGCCUCGAAAUCAGAACCUAAACUAGUCAAAGAGACUAAGAACGUCACUGCAAAAGAGACGAACCCCUUCGACGACGGAUUAAACAACACCAGCCAAUACAUGGUAAUCACACUCACUGACCUUAAAUGGACAAUUGACCUUUUUCUUUUUGACACCGCCUUUCCUCGGUACUAUAGAUUAUCAGAAGGCAUCCUGAUCGCGAUCCUAAACCCCACAAUUCUCCCUCCCCCAAAAAACAAGACAGACACCAAUCGGUUUAGUCUAUCCAUCUCGUCCUCGGACGACAAGAUCCUCGAGGUCGGUUAUGCUCAGGACAUCGGCUUCUGUAAAGCUGUCCGUAAGGACGGCAAAACCUGCCAGUCGUGGGUUGAUGGCCGUAAGACCGAAUUCUGCGACUUCCACGUUGAUCUCCAGGUGCGUCGCACGCAAGCGGGCCGCAUGGGAGUGAACGGAGGAACCGGCAUGUUUGGCCCCGGUGGACGUUCGGGCUCACGAACUGGCUUCUACGGUGGAGGAAAGAGAGGCACACAGCCCAAAGGAAACGGCCUGUUGAGAGCUGACGGCGCUCAAUACGACCCCCAAUCCGGUUCUCUGUACUACGUCGCGCCCAGUUUCAAAUCCAGGAGUAACGGUGGCUCCUCCUUUCAGCAUCUCCUUCCCGGCCAAUCUGCUGCCAGUCUGAUUGACGCCGAUCAUGAUGACCCAUUCAUCGCAGCAGGCAUGAUGGCGCGAGGCGCGGACAGUAAAGAAGAACGCUUCCGGAAACGCCUGGUCGAGCAACAGCGUGAACGAGAACUCACACAGAAACUCACAUCCAGGUCUGGAGGAGUCGGUGCGGAAUACCUCCGAGCUCGAAAUGACGAAAACAUCCCCACGACAACCCAUCGACCCGGGAUGGGACCGGCACACAAGGCACAUCAUCACAAGAUGCAUUCAAGCGACUCGACGGUCCCCUCCUCGUCAGCUGUGAACGCUACCCCUCUCAGCUUCGCGGGAUUUAAGAGAGCAGAUACAGUGAGACUCAGCCCUAAAAAGCGUGCUCAUGACGGCGACAGACCAAACGGAAGUGGGGUCAAGAAGACCCGGUUCAUAACAUCCAACGGCAUUAAAGAGGCCGGAAGAGAUAGCCUAGGAGGCAAUCCUAAUGCUGUAGCACAGAGAACCACUUAUGAUGAUGACGAUGACGACGAUGAUGGAUUAGAAAUCAUCUAA